CGAAGUCACCUCCGACUCCAAGAUCGCCUUCAUCUCUGAGCGACUGUGCAUAGGGUGUGGUCACCCACCGAUACUCCGCGAACAGCUUCAAGUUGCACCGUCUGCCCAUGCCCCGUCCGGGCCAAGUAUUGGGACUGGUCGGCACAAACGGUAUUGGAAAGAGCACGGCAUUGAAGAUUCUAAGUGGCAAACUGAAGCCUAAUCUUGGCCGAUACGAUAACCCCCCGGACUGGGAAGAAAUCUUGAAGUACUUCCGUGGCUCGGAGCUCCAAAACUACUUUACAAAGGUUUUGGAGGACAACUUGAAGGCUGUCGUGAAGCCUCAGUAUGUCGAUCAACUCCCGAGAGCGAUCAAGGGCCCCGACAAGGCGGUUGGCAAACUUAUGGAGGGCCGCUCGCAGAUGGACAACCUCGACGAGAUCCUUGAUGUUUUGGAAUUGAGACAAGUUUAUGACCGAGAUGUCACUCUGCUCUCCGGUGGUGAACUGCAGCGUUUCGCCAUCGGAACCGUUUGUGUUCAGAAGGCUGAUGUGUACAUGUUUGACGAGCCUUCCUCUUUCCUCGAUGUCAAACAACGUCUCGCUGCUGGUCGAAUGAUUCGCAGCCUACUCCGACCUGAUGACUAUGUGAUCGUAGUCGAGCACGACUUAUCUGUAUUGGAUUACCUUUCCGACUUCAUCUGCGUUCUUUACGGCAAACCGGCUGUAUAUGGUGUUGUCACUUUGCCUUCCUCUGUCCGAGAGGGUAUUAACAUCUUCCUUGAUGGUAACAUCCCCACUGAGAACCUUCGAUUCAGAGAAGAGUCUCUCCAAUUCCGUAUUGGUGAGGCCGGUGAGGAGUUCAUGGUUGACAAGUCACGUGGGUACCAUUACCCGAGCAUGGAGAAGACCCUGGGUGACUUUCAUCUUACUGUUGAGCCUGGCCAAUUUACCGAUUCGGAGAUCCUCGUCAUGAUGGGCGAGAAUGGUACCGGAAAGACCACCUUCUGCAAGAUGCUUGCUGGUGCUUUGCAGCCUGACGGAGGAAAGAAAGUACCUCCUAUGAAUAUCAGCAUGAAGCCUCAAAAGAUCACGCCCAGGUUCACAGGCACCGUCCGCCAGCUCUUCUUCAAGAAGAUCAAGGCUGCGUUCCUGAGUCCGCAAUUCCAAACCGAUGUCUACAAGCCCCUCAAGAUGGACGACUUCAUCGACCAAGAAGUGCAAAACCUGUCCGGUGGUGAAUUGCAACGUGUCGCCAUUGUCCUCGCUCUCGGCAUCCCCGCGGAUAUCUACCUCAUCGACGAACCCAGUGCGUAUCUUGACUCCGAACAGCGUAUUGUUGCAGCCCGCGUCAUCAAGCGCUUCAUCAUGCACUCUAAGAAGACUGCCUUCGUUGUCGAGCACGAUUUCAUCAUGGCCACCUACCUCGCCGACCGCGUCAUUGUCUUCGACGGUCAACCAGCCGUCAAGGCCCGCGCCAACCAACCCGAAUCUCUUCUCACUGGUUGCAACAAGUUCCUGAAGAAUCUAGACGUCACCUUCCGUCGUGACCCCAAUUCCUACCGUCCUCGUAUCAACAAAUACAACUCCCAGCUCGACCAGGAACAGAAGUUGAACGGGAACUUCUUCUUCUUAGAAGAUGAGAGUUGAAAAUGUUUU